AUGAGCCUCAGCAACACCCCGACUUCAGAGCUCCCAACACGACAAACAAGCUCGGCAAGCCUCCUCCCUCCACCUCGUCAGAUCCGCUUCGUGUCCACCGACGGGCAACCACACGCGAAGAGAAGACGCAUCAACGCCGCGUGCUUGACAUGUCGCAGAAGGAAAACGCGGUGUUCGGGGGAGCGACCGCUGUGUAAGACAUGUACCGAAAACGGUCACGCAUGCUCAGGUUACAUAGAUCGUGGAGGACAAGGAGACGGUGAUAAGACCGACCAUGAUGGUGAGGAGGAGACUCUCACCAGCAAUACUGCCAUCCAGAAACUGUCAGAAGAUGUGGAAACGACGGUAUAUCCAAGAAGCAGCAUGGGUGCCCCAGAUGCCCAUCCUCCUCAGAGCUCUGCGGUUAUGGCGCGAGUCCAGGCUGACGGCGGUGAGAUAAAGAGUCCUGGUAGCAGUCAAACAGGAAACAGUAUCUCAUCCUCAAGGAAUCGAGUGCCUUACUUUCGUUAUUUCGGCCCUACUGCGAUCGUCCCUGGCUUCAAGCAGAUGGUGGUCCAAGUCAAAGAUCACAGGCAAGGGACCCAGACAAAUUCAGUGGACUCCCCCUCGGCUGGACAACGACUCGACUCAACGCCUGUACUUAUUGGAGAGAGUGCACCUGUUGACAUUCCGUUCUAUGAUGCCACCGAUCCCGAGCCGAAUGCACCCUUGAUCACUCACCUGUGCGAGACUUUCUUCACUUAUCUUGGCUGCAACUUCCCCUUUUUACAGCGUGAAAGGUUUCUAAAGGAUUUGGAAGACAAGAAGGUAGAUGCGAUUCUCGUGGACGCUGUUUGUGCCGUUGCAGCUCGGUUCUCAUCAGACACCGUACUAUGCCAUUCAAAUGACCCAUCCAUUCCCCGGGACGGCGAAAACAAAGUCAGAAGACCAUUCCGUGGUCUUCCUUUCGGUCAACGGGCCAUAGCUGCAGUCAUUGACACAUUCUCAUGUCCCACUAUGGCAGUCACUCAAGCCUGUUUGUUGCUGGCCUACGAAGAGUUCGGACUCGAUCACGACAGCGGCCUGUGGAUGUACUUGGGUACUGCCAUACGAAUGGCGCAGGACCUUGGUAUUCAGAAGCUGGACGGCUUGCAACUCGAGGGUCGCAUAGGGCCUACACCAAGCACCGCAAAACACGGUCAAGAAGGCAAAGCCGAGGAGCAAAGAAGGUUCGAACAACAGCAGGAGCUCUUGCGUGAUUUCGCGCAGCACGAUCCUGUACAAAUGCAAGAGAGAAAGGCCAACGAGCAAGAGCGUAUUGACACCUUUUGGGCAAUUUUCUUCCUCGAUCGAGCCAUCUCGUCCGGAGUGGGUAGACCAGUGUCAUGGCGAGACAAAGACAUUGAGAUAUCGUUUCCCUAUCGUCCAGAUGGAACAAUGAUCGAUGGUUAUCCCGACCCGUUCCCACCCAUGAUAAAGAUCGUACACAUGUACGGACGGGUAGCAGAUGUACUAAACAGCAUAAAAGACGUGAGUCAGGUAACUCCAGCAGUGUUGAAGCGGCUGGCCAGCAUGGAAAAAGAUCUAACGGGUAUAUACCAACGUCUUUCUCCUAAACUGCAUUUCAAUGCGACGAAUUUCCAGCAUUAUGUCAAAUCAGGGCAUGGCACAAACUUUGUCCUGCUCCAUUUCUGGUUCCAUACUUUGAUUGUGCUGGUGCAUCAGCCGACGCUCUUGCAUUCUUUUGAAGGUCGGAUUCAGCAGCUGUUUCCCGACAGCAGGGAAUUGUCAAUGUCUUCAGCGAAAACUAUCGCGGAUAUCAUCGCAUUUGCCGAACUUAUUGAUGUGAGGAGUUUUGCAGGCAAUCCCUUCACCAGUCAACCAAUGUACGUGGCUGCAUGUGCAUUUCUUGCAGAAGCUGCCGCUCAUACCUCGCAACCGCCCUCUCGUACAGGGUCACCUCCGAGCUCUCAUUUGUCACACGUCCAGCAAGAAGUAAACUCUCAAAAGGCGAUCUCAGAACAAAAGGCAGCAUCUGCUCGCCACACCUUGCUUGCGACAGCAGCAAACCAAAACUACCAAAGGUGUUAUAAGGGCCUCAAGACUCUCGAUUCCUACUGGGCCGGUUCUCGCUAUAUCUUGACGGCGCUUGACGGAAAGGCAAAGGGUCUCAUGAGUCCUCUUUUGUUCACUGCUGAAGAUGUUGAUGGUGAUAUGCCAUCAACUGAAAUUGCAUUUACCACUCCCGGGUGGCGGAGAACCAAUUCUCUUAGCUCCUCGCUAGGAGCCUACCGUACUGCUCUACGAAAACAUAUCGCGCUGUCCCCAACAAUGGAUUUUGGUCAAGUCAUCGGGUGGUCGUUGACGGGCACGGCGAACUCUCCGGCACCUAGUUUUAGCUUUUUAUACCCGAACACGGGUGGUGAGAAUGGUCAGGGACCCGUCCAUGCUAAUAGUGUCAGUGCCAUGCCAGGUCUUGUCGCUCGCAAUCAGCAGUUUCUGCAUCAACAAAACGCGGCGAAUGGCAGGCAAUCAUCCUAUGACAUACAAACUUCGUUAAAUGGUCAUCCCACAUAUCCGAAACAGGAACAAUCGGCAUCAGCUGCGAGGAACGGGACAACGUCAUUACCCUAUGACCCAGUUUCUACAACUGAGGCAGACCUGUUACUCGGGCUGCAGGGUCCUUAUUCCCGCGAAGCGUCGAACGGCACUGUUCCUGGGCCUCAGGCACCGAACGCUUUGGGUCCGCAAGGGCCACCAGUCUCCUCUACAACCCCAGAGCAACAACAGCAAAGUUUCACUGCCUAUAAUCAAGAUUUCAACAACAUGUUUGUCACCUCGCAGGACGUCGACAUGGAUGGAGAUGCACUCGACUUUGACUUUUCUAGCAGCGAUAUGAUUCCAUGGCUAGAAUAUUUACCUCAAGAUGUAUUGAAUUACUUUGGCGAUCCACCACAUGGGGGGUCGGCUCAUUGA